CAAACUAUGAUGUCUUCGAAAGAAUUGGUAGUCGAUGGAUUAACUCGAUAACAUAGUAAAAUGAGUGAUUAUCGAGCACUUCUGUUGAAUAUUUCAAAUCAUUUAACGUCUGAAGAUGUAACUGGGCUUAAAUAUCUCUGCAAAGAAGUAAUUCCGGCAGGAAAAGCAGAGAAAAUUACUCGUGCAUUCGAGUUCUUCUCAGAGCUUGAACGUCUGAACUUGCUUUCGGAAGAGAAUCGCGAUUUUUUGGCUUCAAAACUUAUUGCUAUCAAUAGAAAUGACUUGAGGAAUAGACUUUUAGGGAUUCAAGAAAAUGAGAUGGCACCGCAGAUUAAUCAAGGACUUGUAGCAUCAGCACAGCCAAAUAGUUGGGAUGACAAGCCUGUGCCUGGAGAUUUAGUUUACAAUCUUGUUGAAGAUCUGAGCACAAGCUGGAAAAUGUUGGGAAGACGUCUUGGUCUUACAGAAGGUGUCAUAGGCAACAUUGACUCAGAAAAUCGGAAAGUUGUAGAAAAAGGCGUGGGAAUGUUUGAAGAGUGGAAGAAAAGAAAAACUGGUGACGCAUCAAUGAAAGCAUUACGGAAAGCCCUUGAGCUUAUAGGAAGACGAGAUUUGUCUGAAAGAGUGAGAGAUUAUGCAUUGAAGAAGCAGCAAGAAGAGAUUGAUGCUGCAGUGGAACAUGAAUACCAGACUGAAAUAGCAGAACAGAGGCCUUUUCCAAACUUAAAUGACAUGGGCCAUGUCUUGCCAAAUUAUCCUCCACAACGUGUCCCUGGAGAGCAAACAGAAUAUAGUAGUCUGAGACCAGUACCAUCCUACCAACCUGGUUGGACUCAACCAAAUCAAAGCUUUCCACCUUUCUCUGCCCCACCAGUCACCUCAAGUGGUUUAGAUCCAUCUACUAUGGGUGGUUGGGAUCAACCCAGUCAAGUUUCUCUACCUCUCUCCACUCAGCAGGCCCCUGUAGGUGGACAGGAUUCAUCAAUUCGGCAACAACCUACCCUCUCUGCACAGGAUAAUGAAACAGCUCCAACCCCCUUAGCAAUGCAGGCCAUUCCUGGUCAUCCUAACCUGACUGGUCUGCCCUCGCAAAGGGUUGCUCCACCAUAUCAAGGGGGUUCAUAUGCCGACCCAAACCUUCCCUAUUACAGGCCACUUCAUUCAGGCACUGGGCAAAAUCCCCCUCCUCACUCUUCAACCUCAGCAGUUCCAUCUGUUACAAGAAAUCAAAGAUCACAGAGUGACUCAAUUGUUGUCAAUCCAUCUAUUCCUUAUCCUGCACAAAUCUCUCAACCUAGCGUAGACCGAUCUGUUUCCUCUCCUGGGCCACUUCCUCCAAGCACAAUGGUGAAUCCCUCUUUUCAGCCUUUACCUCCAGCUGUCCCAUCUGAGAGUGCAUCUCACAGAACCUCAGUGACUUCAAAUGUUGGCAAUGAAGUACCCCAAGAACCAACAGCUGCCCCAGGGUUCAGUAAUCCUCCCCCUUUUAAUGAUACAUCAAAUCAGAGGCUACAGACUGAUUCAUCACUGGCUGACCCAUCCCUUGGUUAUCCUGUACAAGUCUCUCAAUCCAGCAUGGAAAAUCCCUCUCUUCAAUCUCCACUUUCACCAGAUGCUGUAACACAGGGACCUCCUGGUUCAACUGCAAGACAGGUUCAGGAGCACUCUGCAUCAGCAGGGUCUGCUGGACUGGAUGCCAUAGAUCAUCCUCCUAAUGGAAGCAUCAGUACAGGCAUCCCAGCCGUUGCUGAUCUCAAAGUACAGGUUUCCUCUAUGGGUAAUUUUUUGGAUCCUGCAAAGUAUGAGCCUAUUGAAAUGAUAGGAUCUGGCGGUUUUGCUAAGGUUUACCUCUGUCAGUGCAAAAAGACUGGGAAAAAAAUGGCAGUUAAAAUGUGUGAUCUUGGAAUAAACCAUGAGGAAACUCAAAAGCAAAGAAGGGCAGUUGAAAAUGAAGUAACAGUUCUUUCAGAUGUAAAGCACAAGUACAUUGUGCAGUUCCUCUAUGCAGAGGAGAAGCAAAACACUAUGUUGUUGUUUCUGGAGUACAUGGAAGGGGGUUCUGUGGAGGACAUGUUAAGACAGAAAGGACCCUUGGAAGAGCUGCUUGUCAGAAAGUUUACCUGGCAAAUGCUUAUUGGGGUUGAAUUCCUCCACGGCAAGGGAAUUAUUCACAAGGACAUCAAAGGUGCAAAUGUUCUGCUAGAUGGGCAACAACAGAACAUAAAACUUGCUGAUUUUGGAAUCUCAAAAGUCAUGACAGCACUGAAAACCGUCACCGGUGGAAGAGUGACUCAAGGAAACGUGGCUUCUUUUCAUUGGACAAGCCCGGAAAUGCUCUCUGGCCAAUCCUAUGGAAGGAAAACUGAUAUUUGGAGUGUGGGUUGCACUGUAGUCGAGAUGUUGACAACCAAACCGCCCAUGUUCAAUGAACACUUAUUGAUGCAAGCAAAAAUGUUUAAGAUUGUCAACCACGAAGUUGAGCCACCGAAGGACUGUACAUCCAUUGCUUUUGGAUUUAUUGAGAAAUGCCUCAGAAAACAAGAAAUUCGUCCCACUGCCGCUGAGCUAUUGAAAGAUGAUCCUUUUGUGCAGUUUUCAUCAGAAGAAAUGAUGGAAGUUUUUUGAAUGUCUCGCCACAAGACAAUGCUGGUGGCUAACGAACAUCAAAAUUCGCGAUAGAUAAGUUAUGUAAACUUGCUGUGAAGAUUAGUCACGAGAGAAGACUUGAUCUCGUUAAUUGUGAUAAUGUGUUGGGACGUGUUAUUGACACUGUAUUUAGGAAACUGUGCUUUUUGCAACAAGGACUACAUGAUCAAUUGAUCAGUUAUAAUAUACGGAAGUCGCACACUAUCCCUCGUGGCGUUCGCAAUUUUCAAUCUCCGCGUUGUGGAUGCUCUCUGACCUCGACUCUAGGGAUGUUAUAUGAAAUCGAUGGCACAUAUCCUUUUAAAGAAGAUGAGAAACGACCGCCUUUGGAAUGUAACUUGUAGUCUAUGGUCGAAAGAAACGAAUAAAAUUUGUUAUUAAGAGA